GAAAGAGAAGCUAAACAAACCAAAGUGAGAGAUGAAGAUGCAGAGACUGAGGCUAAUCAAACCAAAAAGGGGGAGUGUGGGGAUUUCAGUAGGGAAGAGGAAGAUGUGGAGUCUCAGUAUUCAUUGGAUGAUGAAACUAUCUUCACAAAAGCAGAUACAGUCAAAGUGAAGGAACAGAGGAGAUCGAAAAAGGGAGAAAUUGAAGCAGAGAGCUUUUUUGAAGAUGCCUCUCAAUAUGAUGAUAACUUGUCAUUCCAGGACAUGAAUCUUUCACGACCUUUGCUAAAGGCAAUCACAGCUCUUGGCUUCAAGCAGCCAACCCCAAUUCAGAAGGCUUGUAUCCCGGUGGGUCUUCUGGGGAAGGAUAUUUGUGCCUGUGCUGCCACUGGGACAGGUAAAACAGCUGCCUUCAUCUUGCCUGUCCUUGAGCGCCUGAUUUACAAACCUCGUCAGGCUCCAAUAACACGGGUAUUGGUUCUAGUGCCAACACGAGAACUGGGUAUUCAGGUGCACUCGGUCACAAAACAGCUGGCACAGUUCAGCAGUGUCACAACUUGCCUUGCUGUAGGUGGCCUAGAUGUGAAGACUCAGGAAGCAGCUCUUCGUUCUGGGCCAGACAUUCUUAUUGCCACUCCUGGGCGACUGAUUGAUCAUCUCCACAACUGCCCUUCUUUCCACCUGAGCAGUGUUGAGGUGCUGAUUUUGGAUGAAGCGGACAGGAUGCUGGAUGAAUACUUUGAGGAACAGAUGAAGGAAAUAAUCAGGUUGUGCUCCAGCCACCGUCAGACAAUGCUUUUCUCUGCCACAAUGACAGAGGAGGUGAAAGAUUUGGCUUCCGUUUCCCUGAAAAAUCCCGUCCGCAUUUUUGUGAACAGUAAUACAGAUGUUGCCCCUUUCCUGCGGCAGGAAUUUGUCCGGAUCAGAGCCAACCGAGAGGGGGACCGUGAGGCCAUUGUAUCAGCUCUACUGACACGAACCUUCCCAGAUCAUGUGAUGCUUUUCACCCAGACCAAGAAGCAAGCGCACCGUAUGCAUAUCCUACUUGGGCUGAUGGGCCUACGGGUUGGUGAGCUUCAUGGGAACCUCUCUCAGGCACAGCGCCUGGAAGCACUCAGGCGCUUUAAGGAUGAGCAGAUCGAUAUUCUGGUAGCUACAGAUGUGGCUGCACGUGGACUUGAUAUUGAAGGUGUCAAAACAGUAAUCAAUUUUACCAUGCCCAACACCACCAAACACUAUGUUCAUCGAGUGGGUCGGACAGCAAGAGCAGGCAGGGCUGGUCGUUCAGUUUCACUUGUGGGUGAGGAGGAGCGCAAGAUGCUGAAGGAUAUUGUGAAGACUGCCAAAACACCAGUGAAAGCCAGAAUUCUCCCCCAAGAUGUUGUACUAAAAUUUCGAGAGAAGAUUGAGAAGCUAGAGAAAGAUGUGUAUGCUGUUCUGUGCUUGGAGCGUGAGGAACGUGAGAUGCAGCAGUCAGAGGCCCAGAUCAAUAGGGCAAAGAAGCAGCUGGAGACUGGAAAACAAGAGACUGUGGGUGAGGGUUUGGAGCGGAGCUGGUUUCAGACCCGUGAGGAGAGGAAGAAAGAGAAACUGGCUAAAGCCCUGCAGGAGUUUGACCUAGCAUUACGAGGCAAAAAGAAAAGGAAGAAAUUUAUGCAGGACAGACAGAAAAAAGUCCAAAUGACACCAGAGGAGAGAUCACAGUUUGAAAUCUUGAAAUCUCAAAUGUAUGCUGAGCGGCUGGCAAAAAGGAAUCGCCGAGCAAAGAGAGCCAGAGUCUUGCCAGAAGAGGAACCAGUGCCAGUACCAGCAGGCCUCAAGCGGAAGAAAAAAUCGUCUGUGUUUGACGAAGAGCUUACCAACACAAGCAGGAAGGCUCUGAAGCAGUACCGUGCUGGCCCAUCAUUUGAAGAUCGAAAACGCUUGGGUAUGGCCCAACAUAGGAAAGGAGGAAACUUCAAAUCCAAGUCCAGGUACAAGAGAAAGUAAGAACCGUAAUUACCAAAUGGGU